AUGUUUCGUAAAUUGGGAUCGUCCGGCUCAUUAUGGAAACCAAAAAACCCGCAUUCACUCGAAUAUCUGAAAUACCUGCAAGGAGUUUUGGUGAAAAAUGAGAAAGUCACGGAGAGCAACCGGAAAAUAUUGGUGGAAGCGUUGCGAGCGAUUGCCGAGAUUCUUAUAUGGGGAGAUCAGAAUGAUGCGAGUGUUUUUGAGUGAGUAAAACAUUUGGGGAACUUGUGAAACGUGUUUUUUUUUGCAGUUUUUUCCUGGAACGCCAAAUGUUGCUGCAUUUUUUGAAGAUUAUGGAGCAGGGAAGUACGAGUUUGAAUGUGCAAUUGCUGCAAACUCUUAAUAUUCUUUUUGAGAAUAUUCGACACGAAACAUCGCUUUGUGAGUUGGAAGAUUUUUGAUAACUCCGAGCGCUCUGCGCGAGUGUAAACCGCAAGCUUCCGCGUCAGCGGCACUGUCUUCUGCUUUAGCGGCCACGCUAGGGAUUUUCGAUAGUAAACCGCGUGGCCGCUGAAGCGGAAGACAGUGCCGCUGACGCGGAAGCUUGCGGUUUACACGCGCGCAGAGCGCUCGGGUAGUUUUCGACAGAAAAAUUGCAAAACUCCACUCCUGAUAUGUGUUAUGACGUGGCAAAGUCUGAAAAUUCCGUGACUACAAGACUAUAACUGCUUUCAAAAAUGAUUUUAAUGGGGAUCUGAUAACAUAGCGUUGUUCAGAAGGCUAGAUUACAUAAUCUCACUAGAUUUUUCAAAUUUUCAACUAUUUUUGUACAGCGGAGAAGGUUCAUUUGGAAAAAUCUCGGAUUUUUGAAUGAACUUUCAUACUGUUAAAAUAUACGAUAUAGAAGUUCAUUCAAAAAUCCGAGAUUUUUCAAAAUUAACCUUCUCCACUGUACAAAAAUAGUAGAAAAUUAGAAAAAACUGGCGAAGUUAUGUUAUCUAGCCUUGUGAACAACGCUAUGUUAUCAGAUCCCCAUGAAAAUCAUUUUUGAAACCAGUUAUAGCCUUGUAGUCACGGAAUUUUCAGACUUUGUCACGUCAUAACUCAUGUUAGGAGGGGAGUUUUGCAAUUUUUGACAUGUUCGAGCGCUCUGCGCGAGUGUAAACCGCAAGCUUCCGCGUAAGCGGCACUGUCUUCCGCUUUAGCGGCCACGUGGUUUACUAUGACUUGGUAAUCUCAUUCAAGCCAUAGUAAAUCGCGUGGCCGCUGAAGCGGAAGGCAGUGCCGCUGACGCGGAAGCUUGCGGUUUACACUCGCGCAGAGCGCUCGACUGAUCACAAUCCCCUUGUCAAAAAUUGCAAUACUCCACUCCUAACAUGAGUUAUGACGUGACAAAUUUUGGAUUUUAAAAGAAUCAGUCGAGCGCUCUGCGCGAGUGUAAACCGCAAGCUUCCGCGUCAGCGGCACUGUCUUCCGCUUUAGCGGCCACGCUAAAGGGCAUGGGGAUCUUCGAUAGUAAAUCGCAAGCUUCCGCGUCAGCUGCGCGGAAGGAUCAAAAAUCCUUACUCAUAUUUUUUUCCAGAUUUUCUACUAAGCAACAACCAUGUAAAUUCAAUAAUAUCGCAUAGUUUCGACCUCUCAAAUGAUGAAAUAAUGGCAUAUUACAUAUCCUUCCUCAAAACCCUAAGCUUCAAGCUAAACGCCUGCACAAUUCACUUUUUCUUCAAUGAAACCUCCCAAGAAUUUCCGCUCCUUCUCGAAGUUUUGAAACUAUAUGAUUGGAAUGAUUCGAUGGUUCGAAUAGCUGUUCGAAACAUCAUCCUAAACAUCGUAAAAGUUCAAGAUGUCUCAAUGCUUCAAUUCGUUAAAUCAAAUACCAAACAAUAUUUGGCGGAACUUGUGGAUUGUCUAGUUGAGGCGAGUAUUUCGUUGGAUAUUUAUGUGAGAUCGGCUCAGAAUUUGCAAGCAAAUCGAGAAAGAUUACGAGAAAAAGUGGAUGAUUUGAUUGAUUUGGUGCAUUAUAUUGGAGAACUUUUGGAUGUUGAGACAAUGGCGGAUUCUUUGAGUGAUUUGGUGACCAAUCGAUAUUUGAUGCCACUUUUGCUUAGCAGUUUGUUGCCGAGGAUUGGUAAUAAUGCAGUUAUGCUUACUCCGGUUUCGGCGUUUUUCUUCUUUUCGCAGUUUUUAUUGGUGAGUUCUAUUUAGCUAUUUGAUAACUGAGCUCUGUAGGUGCCUUACUAUCAGGUUCUCUAGUAGCGGGUCCUAGACGAUCAAGGUUUCUGAGCUCAGCUACUAGACAGCCAAGGUUUCUAGGCUUGACUGCUUGAUUUAGAAGCUCUCAAGGCGCGGCUACUUGUCAAAUUGCACUUCAAGGCGCCGCUACUUGUCAUAUUCGAUCUCUAGGCGCGACUCCUAGACUAGCAAGUCCUUAAGGCGCGACUACUUUAUAGAUAGGUUCUCUAGUGGCGGCUCCUAGACACUCAGCUUGUCUAGGCUUCUAGGCAAGCAGGUUCCCUAGGCGCCUCAGCUAGAAACAGUGGCUCUCAAGGCGCGGCUCCUAGACAAUCCAACAAUUUUUUUCCCUACAGAUAAUCCAACACCACUCAACAAUCCAAAACUUUCUCUCCGCCUUCCUUUUCGACGACCAAAGUACAAUCUCCACACAUUGGAUUCGAACCGAAGAAGCAUUUUGCUUGCAGAAAAUUGAUCAACCUCCAAAAUCUGAAAGGUGAGGUUUUUAACUGAAAAUCUGUGAAUUCUGUAAUUUUCAGCCAAAAAACUCGAGUUUUGGCUCAAAAUUCAUCGAAAAAUUUCUAUUUUUGCACCAAAUCCACUUAAAAAUCCACAAUUUCCAGAGUUUUCUUCGAUUCGCUGCUCGGCGCCUUCGAUGCAAGUCAAAAAGAUGAUUAUCUCACUUUUUAUGGACUAAUGUUGAUUUUUUCAAUGUUCCAGAAUAAAGGUAGGGUUUUCCUGGAAUAUUUUUUGAAGGUCAAAAAAAUUCAAAUUUUUUUUCAUAUUUUUUUUGCAGAAAGUAAGUUGUGAAAUGUUGUGAUUUGUGAAGUUUUUUGCACUUUUUUGGCUUUUUCAGCACGAAAAAUCAAGUUUUCCAGCAAAAUCCAGUGUUUUUUCAGCUGAUGUUGGUGAAUUAUUGAAUGCUGCCAAUUUUCCGGUUAUCAAAGAUAUCACAAAUCUGAAAAUAGUCCAGGAAAAUCCGAAAAGAGAGAGAUUGAUGACUGAAGUUGGAGUUGAAGCCAAGGAAGAGGAGGUUUAUCAUGAUGUUGUGGAGAGAAUGGAGGAAUUGGUGAGUUUCCGCAGGCUUCCGCGUAAGCGGAAGAGUCCGCUUAGCUUUUUUUGGGGGGUUUUAAAUGAAAGUUUUGUGAAAUAAUUCUCAUAAAAAAUUGACUGUUUCAAAAUUUUGUUAUAUAUUUUUCUCAAAAUUUGAAAAUUAUUAUUCAAUUUUCAUGAGCGUUUUUGAAAAUAAUAAAUUUUUGGAAUCAGUUUUGAUUUUAGAAAAAAUGUUCCGCGUGCGCGGAAGCUUCGGAAAUUUUUUUUUGAAGAGAUUUCAGUCGUAGAUUAUUUUUCAAAUUUUGAGAAAAAUAUAUAACAAAAUUUUGAAACAGUAAAUUUUUCAUAAGAAUUUUUCUCAAAAUUUGUUUAUAAUUUUUUGAAACAGUAUAGUUAUAGAAGAUCCAGAAAAUGUUUGAAUUUUUGCUGAAAAAAUUCACUGUUUCAGAAUUUUUUUGAAGUCAAGAUAUUUUGAAAUUAUUGAAUAGUUCAAUAUUUUUUGGGUUAUACAACAAUUUUGAAACAGUGAAUUUUAAAGAAUUUUUUUUUCUGGAAAUUUCAUUGUUUUUAAGGAUUUCUAUGAUUUUUCUCGGAAUUUUCGAAAUAUUAAAAGCAGUGGAUUGUUCUUUCAAAAAUUUAAAAAUUAUAUAACAAAAUUUUGAAACAGUAAAUUUUUUAUGAGAAUUUUUCGCACUUUUUCAAAAAAUUUUUAUUGAAUUUCGAAUUUUUCAAAAUUGGUUGAAUACCUCAUUACAACAUUUUUGAAACAGUUUCUGCAAAUUUCACUGUUUUUAAGGAUUUCUACGAAAAACGGAUUUUUUUUUUCAAAAUUUCAAAAAUUAUAUAACAAAAUUUUGAAACAGUAAUUUUUUUUGCAAUUUUUUGGCACCAAAUUUUUAGAAAAAAUGAAAAUUUCCUACUCAAAAAAAUUGAACCAGGUUAUUUUUCUCUUCAAAAAUCCUCAAUUUUCACGAAUUUUUUGAGCAUUGCUUAGGUUAUAGAGAAAAUCCCAAAUUUUUUAAAAUGAAUAUUGCGGGUUACUGUAGCUGAAUUUUCGCGCAAAAAAGUGAUUUUUCAAAAAUAGUUUGAUAAAGGCUAUUUUAUUUUAAAAAUAAAAAAAAUCAAAAUUUCAAGAAAAAAUUCACUGUUUCAAAUUUAAUUGAUCAAAAAGUUCUUUGGAAAUUUCAACUGCUACAGUGAAUAUUGCGAACGCAAUAAUUAUUGAAUUCGAAACAGAAAAUUUCACUGUUUCAAUUUUUUUUUGAUACAAAUAUUCAUUUAUUUGUUCCAGAACACUGACGACGUCUUCCUUCCACCUGAAGAACCUCGAAGUCGUUUCGCAUCAGCAGUUGAUGAUUUGGAAGCUCCGCGGAGCCCUGAGCAAACUCCGCCUCCCACAAAAUCAUGCGAUAGCCGAUUAGUCGAUGCUCUUUGCUCAAUCAUCUCAGCCGUCGGCAAGGAGAAUUCAAAUAUUCGACCGCUGACACUGGAAUUGGCUUGUCUAGUUAUCAGGCAGAUUUUGAUGACGAUUGAUGAUGAUGACGUGGGUUUUUUUCUUCUGGAAGCUGAAAAUUCCAAUCCAAAUUUUUUUCAGAUUCUCAAAAAUCUCACGAAUUUGUGUGGAGAAGUUCGAGAAAGUCUGGUGAAAUCUCUUGGGAUUUCUGUGAAUAGUGAGACUUUGUUUCUGGAAUGGUUUGAGGAUGAAUAUGCGGAAUUUGAGGUAUUUUUUUUGUCUAACUGAGUUAGCCUAACUAUUUUUUGUUCUUUAGGUGAAUCACGUGAAUUUUGAUAUAAUUGGAUAUGAGAUGUUGUUGCCGCCGGCGGCGACGCCGCUUUCCGGAUUGCCGCUUCAUAAAAGGUUGCCGAGUGGAUUUGAGGAGCGGGUUAGGACUGUGAGUAAAAUUUUUACGUUUCAAAAAUUCUCAAAAAUUUACAGAAUAUCAUUUUUGAUUAGAGAUAGAUAGUGUGAAAUUGAGAGAGUCUAGACAAAAAAUUAGUAUUUUUUUGUUGAAAAAUUAUGUCACAAAAAAUUACUGUUUCAAAAAUUCCAUAAAAUGAUAAAAAUUUUUUCGAAUAUUAAUAAUAUUUUCAUCUAUCUUUAGCAGAAAAAAAUCCAGAUUUUUCUAACAAUAUUUUUUUUCACUGUUUCAAAAAAUUUAUGAAUUUUGGGAUUUCUGAACAAAAUCAAAAAGUUUCUAAAUUUUAAAGGUUUUCUGGAGAGGUUGAUUAACUCGAAAUUAUCAAAUCAAAAAAAUUCAGAAAAUUUUUUACUGUUUCAAAGAAUUCAUGCAUUUUGAGAUUUCUGAACAAAUUUGGUAACGGAAAUAAGGUGUACUAUUUUUAAUAUUUCAAUGAAAAUUUGUGAACUGAAAUUUUCAUGUGAAUUUUUGUUUAUUUUGAAAAUUUAAAAAAUGUAGAAAAUUUCCACUGUUUCAAAAAAGUUUCUAAAUUUCGAAGAUUUUUUCUAAACUUGUUUGAUCGUAUAUUCCUUAUGGGGUGAUUCAUAAAAAUAAAUUAACAAAAAAGUGCGAUUAAUUUCACGUUUUUUGUCAAUUAAUCGCAUUCAUUUCUGAAAAAAUGCGAUUAAUUGACAAAAAACGAUUUCAAAAGAAAUUCCACAUUUUUAAACUCUUUUUUUCACUGUUUCACAAAUUUUUAAACAGAUUUUUUUACAACAUUUUUUUUUGCUUUAUUAUCAUACAUCGGUUUCUCCCGGUCAGGGUCUCAAAAUUAGCCACCCCCGGAAUGUGAAAAUACAAAAAUAAGCCAGACCCCCUCAAAAAAAAAAGAGAAAAAACUUGGUUUUUGGGGGUAAAUUGCUAUUUUUUCAAAAAGUUAGCCGGUCCCCACCCCUUUUUUCCAAAGUUAGGCAGACCCCCUCCGGACGAAAAUCCGGGGAUACUGAUGUAUGUUUAUUAUUCGAAAUAUUUUCCCAAAAAAACCAAAUUUUUUACGUUUCAAUAAAUUCACAAAUAUUCAAAUUUUCAUAAAUGUUUCAAUUCUCCUUUCUUAAUUCUAUCUAUAAAAAAAACCCCCCCGAAUUUUCUCUCUUUCUUCCAGAAAAUCCUCUUCUACUUGCACAUUCGAAAAUUGGAGCGAGAUUUGACCGGAGAACCGGAUUCCGAAUUGCCAGUUCGAGUUUCGAGUCGACAAGAGCCGGCUGCAAUUGGGGAUUGUAUUAAUUUGUGUGAGUUUUUGUUUGAGGGAGGGGGAGAUUUUUGACACUAAAAAAUGCUAGAAAUUGAGAUUUAUUGAUGAAAAUUUCAUUAAAAAAUUAAAGUUUGGUAAACAAUUUUUUACUGUUUCAAAAAUUUUAUAAUUGCUUUUCUAAACCUAUUUUUGUUCAAUUCAAUUUCAAUUAAUUCAGCAAAUUGAAUUAAAAUUUUCUCACUGUUUCAUGAACCGAAAUUGCAAAAUUUCACGAAUUUUUCACUGUUUCAAAAAUUUUAUUUUUUUUUUUGGGAAAGAUUUUUUCCAAUAAUGUUUUUUUCCAAUAACGGCACACGAAAUAAAAAAUUCACUGUUUCAAAAAUUGUAUAAUUUUUAUGAAAAAUAUUUCAAUGACUAAAAAUCACAAAACUUCCUAGAAAAUUUAAUUUUGUUGAAUUUCAAAUUAAAUUAUUGAAAGAAUCCACAGCUUCACAAAAAUUAUAAUUUUUCACUGUUUCAAAAUUUUAUUGUAACAAAUUUAUUUUCAAUUGUUUGAUAGUCUGUAUUUUGCUGGAAAUUCUCAAAACUUUCUAGAAAUAUUUUAUAGACACAAUUUUUAUAUUUGAAAAACUUAAAAUUAGGUUUAUAGACCGAAAUUAAAGAAAAAAUACAAGCUUCAAAAUUUUCAGAAAUUUUCACUGUUUCAAAAAAUUCAUAAUUUUUUUUGAAAAAAAAAUUUUUUUAUUAGAAGAAUCCACAGCUUCACAAAAAUUGUAAUUUUUCACUGUUUCAAAAAUUUAUAGUUAGUUCUACUUCUCAAUACGUCUAAAUUCCAAGAAAAUCUGAAAAGUUUCCUGAAAUGUUCAUUUUUUUCAUGAAUUUUCGUUCCAAAAUUUUUCACUGUUUCAAAAAUUUCAUAAUUUUUUUUCUGCAAAAAAAUUUCAAUAAGACAGUGGCUCUCUAUUUAUAAUAAAAACGAUCCUCUAAUCCCAAACACUGUGAUUUAAUGUUGAUCAAAAAUUGUAUUUUUUCACUGUUUCAAAAACUUUAUGAUUGAAUUUGUAACAAAUUUAUUUUCAAUCGGUAUCUAGUUUGUGCUGGAAAUUCUCAAAACUUUCUAGAAAUAUUUGAUAGACACAAUUUUUAUAUUUGAAAAACUUCAAAUUAGGUUUCUAGACCAAAAUUGAAGAAAAAUUCAAGUUCGAAAAUUUUCCGAAUUUUUCACUGUUUCAAAAAAUUAAUUUUUUUUUGAAAAAAAAUUCUUCAAUACUAUUUCCUUCAAUACUAAAAAAAUUUCACUGUUUCAAAAAUUGUGUAUAUUUUUAUCAAAAAUAAUUUUUCUAAUUUUAAGUUUUCCAUCCGUAAACUAAAAAUCACAAAAUUUCCUAGAAAAUUUAAUUUUGUUCAAUUUCAAAUUAAAUUAUUGAAAGAAUCCACAGUUUCACAAAAGAUGUAUUUUUUUCACUGUUUCAAAAUUUUAUGAUUGAUUUCGUAAAAAAUUUAUUUUCAAUCGGUUGAUUAUUUGUGAUGGAAAUUCUCAAAACUUUCUAGAAAUAUUCGAUAGGCACAAUUUUUAUAUUUGAAAAACUUCAAAUUAGGUUCUAGACUAAAAUUGAAGAAAAAUUCAAGCUCCGAAAAUUUCCGAAUUUUUCACUGUUUCAACAAAUUCAUAAUUUGGAUUUUCAAAAAAAAAAACCAUUCAAUUAGUUUUCUUGUUCAGGAUAUAAAAAAAUUCACCGUUUUAAAAAUUGUAUAAUUUUUUAUCAAAAAUUUUUUUAUUCAAUUCGAUUUUGCCAUCACUACUAAAAAUCUCAAAACUUUCUAAAAAAAUUUUAAUUUUGUUCAAUUUCAAAAAUUUAAAUUAUUGAAAGAAUCCACAGUUUCAAAAAAUUCCAAUUUUUUCACUGUGCAAAAGUUUAUAGUUAGUUCUACUUCUCAAUACGGCUAAAUUCCAAUAAAAUCUGACAAGUUUUCUGAAAUUUUCAUUUUUUCAUGAAUUUUAGUUCCAAAAAAUCCCAAAUUUUUCACUGUUUCAAAAAUUACAUAAUUUUUUUUCUGCAAAAAAAAUUAAAUGCGAUUUCUCGAAUAAAAACGAUCCUCUAACCUCAAACACCGUUAUUUAACAUUGCUCAAAAAUUGUAAUUUUUCACUGUUUCAAAAAUUUUAUGAUUGAAUUUACAUAUAACAAAUUUAUUUUCAAUUGUUUGAUUGUCUGUAUUUUGCUGGAAAUUCUCAAAACUUACCAGAAAAAAUGUAAAUUUAAAAAAAACUGGAAAAAUUCGUUCAUGAAACAAAAUUGAAGAAAAAAUCUAGUUUGAAAAUUUUCCGAAUUUUUCACUGUUUCAAAAAAUUCAUAAUUUGGAUUUUCAAAAAAAAAACAAUUCAAUUAGUUUUCUUGUUCAGGAAAUUAAAAAAAAAAAUUUUUUUUUCACUGUUUCAAAAAUUGCAUUAUUUUUUUUGCAAAAAAUGUUCUACAAUAACUUGUUUGUAGACAAUUCCGACCUGCUCUCCUGCACAGUAGUUCCACAAAAACCGUGUUGUCUCGGAAAACCCGGCGAUCGUCUUCUCCGAUUUUUGGUCACCGAUGGACUUCAGCUGAUUCUAGUAGAGCCAGACGCGAAAAAAGCCGCAUGGGCUGUGGUGAAAUUCGUCGGAUUGCUACAAGACACAACGAUUAAUGGAGACUCUUCGGAUAGUCGAGCACUGCAUGUUGUGGUUGAAGGGCAGCCGAGUCGAUUAAAGGUGGGAAAAUUGGGGUUUUGGGGGUUGUUUUGAUAUAUUUUAUGAAAAUCUUGGAUUAAUAUGAGCAACGCUUGAAAUUUCACGAAAAUCUGAAUUUUUCAAGUCAAAAUUGCUAAUUUUCUCGAAUUUUAGAUGCAUUGCUCAUAUUAGACACACAAGUAAUUUUUGAGGUUAACAUGAGCAAUGCUUGAAAUUUUUAGUGAAAUCUAAAUUUUUGACGCAUUGCUCAUGUUAAGCCUAAUUUUUGCAAGUUUUGAGCUUACUAUGAGCAAUGCUUGGAAUUUUGCUGAAAUCUGAAUUUUUUCAUAUGAAAAUUGCAACGUUCAAGGUUAACAUGAGCAAUUCUUGAAAUUUUAAUGAAAUCUAAAUUUUUGACGGAUUGCUCAUGUUAAGCCUGAUUUUUUACUUCAAAAUUAGAAGUUUUAAGGUUAAUAUGAGCAAUAUUUAAAUUUCCUUCAGAAAAUCCCAAUUUUUGAUGAAUUUUGAAAUUAAUAUGAGCAAUGCUUUCCCAAAAAAAGAAUUUUCCACGCAUUGCUCAUGUUAGAAAUUUAAAAAAAAUCGAUAUCCUAAAAAAAAAGUCCAGCAAAAAGAAAUGGGCCGAACCGGGGAUUGAACCCGGGACCUCUCGCACCCAAAGCGAGAAUCAUACCACUAGACCAUUCGGCCACGUUUUAAUCAAGCUUAAUUUUCCCGUAAUAAUCUUAUCUUUCAAAUUUUCCAUAAAAACAAGCAGAGAUAAGAGAUCUCCAUUAAUUUUUUUGGAAAUGAUAAGAUAAUUUGCGGAAAUUAAGCUUGUUUAAAACGUGGCCGAAUGGUCUAGUGGUAUGAUUCUCGCUUUGGGUGCGAGAGGUCCCGGGUUCAAUCCCCGGUUCGGCCCAUUUCUUUUUGCUUUCGAGCGGAGCGAGUGUACAUCGGAAGCUUCCGCGCAGCGGCCACGCGGAUUAUUAGAUGAUGCCUAAACCAAUUUUGUUCCAGAAGCGUCAAGCUGUUCUAACAGCCAAAUUCAUCUUCGAUGAUCAUAUUCGAUGUAUGGCUGCAAAACAAAGAUUAACCAAGGUAUUGUGCACUUUUUUUCUUUGAACAUGUGUUGUUUGUUUACCCGAAAAAAACCUCAUAUUUUUUUCAGGGUCGUCAAACUGCUCGCGAGCUCAAACUCCAAGCGAUUCGCGAUGUUUUGGGCAUCAAAAAAGAGGAGCCGGUUUUGUCGAAUCCGUUCAAAAUUGUGAAAGGAUGUGCGCCUGGAAGUGUCAGGAAAACCGUGGGUUUUUUUGGGAGGAAAAAUUUUAAUUUCCAAUUUUUCCCUGAAAAUUCGGAUUGCUCAUGUUAAGCCAAUCAUUUAGAGACCAAUUUUGAUAUGUUUUCGCCUGAAAAUUAAGCCCCGCCCCUUUUUGCAAAUUUGCGGCAGGGUUUUCUCCAUUGCCCCGCCCACUUUUGCAACCCUGGCACAAUUUUCUUACCUAGUAUUUGAUUCUAAAUGAGUUAAACUAGACUCUAGUUUUCAUCGACUUAAAAUGAGCAAUCUUAAGAAAUCUUUAAAACCAAAUUCUGCUGAACCAGACUCUAGUUUUGAUCAUCCUGAAAAUGCCCUAAAAUUUCGAACUUAAUAUGAGCAAUCUCCAAUUUUUACCUCGAAAAAUCAGUUUUUUCAGCCAAAAUCUACCUAGGCUAAGUUAGGCUUAAAUUAACUAGAGUCUAGUUUUCAUGGACAUAAAAUGUUGCUUAACUAGAGUCUAGUUUUGAGCAUCCUGAAAAUUCCUCAAAAAUUGGAGCUUAAUAUGAGCAAUGUUUAAUUUUUACCCUGAAAAAUCCAUUUUUCAGUAAAUUUUAGCUCAAAAAAGUGCAUUUUUCACCCAAUUUUCAGCCAAAACCCUCUGAUUUUCAGACCUCAGCUCAAUCUUCUUCAUCUUCAUCUCGACCUUCAUCAUCUCAAAAUCCCAAUCCAAAUUCAACUUCUGCCAUACCCGAUGAUCCAUUCUCACCAUCAUCUUCUUCUUCAGGAAAACCCGUGUGA